GUAGGAGUGGAUUGAAGCAGUGUACAGUCAGAUCAUUUUCUACGAGUCAAGAUGGCGACAUCGGAGCCGAAAGCAGCUGAGACUGAAGAUCAACAGGCUGAUGGUCAGGUUAUUGCAAAUCCUGAGCAGUAUAUCAAACACCCUUUGCAAAACAGAUGGGCUCUGUGGUAUUUCAAAAAUGACAAGAGUAAAAGUUGGACGGAGAACCUGCGUCUCAUCUCCAAGUUCGACACAGUUGAAGACUUUUGGGCAUUAUACAACCACAUACAGCAACCUAGCAAACUUGGCUAUGGCUGUGAUUAUAGCUUAUUUAAGGAUGGGAUUAAGCCAAUGUGGGAAGAUGACCGGAAUAAGCUGGGGGGUCGAUGGCUGAUGACUCUAAACAAACAACAGAGGCACAAUGACCUCGAUCGCUACUGGAUGGAAACGCUCCUGUGUUUAGUCGGUGAUUCAUUUGAUGAAGCGAGUGAAGACGUGUGUGGAGCUGUGGUCAACGUCAGACCAAAAGGUGAUAAAAUAUCCAUCUGGACAAGCAACUGCCAAAACAGGGAAGCCAUCAUGACGAUAGGGCAACUUUACAAAGAGCGUCUGAACCUCCCUAUAAAAGCCAUGAUUGGCUACCAGUCACAUGACGACACGUCCAGUAAGAGCGGCUCCACCACCAAGAACAUGUACUCCGUUUGAGAGACCCUCCCCCUGUUUCAACAUGCUGUAGAUUUAAACAAUUACCAAUCUGCAUCAUCACAUUAACUUUUGAGUUGUCAACUUACUAUAGUGUACUUUUCCUUUUAAUGCAAACAAAUAUUGUUUAUAGUGUGUACAGUCUGAGCUUCCCUCAACAAAAGAAGUUAGUGGAACCAGGCUGGAUGGAGUGUCCGGCUCAAGAUGUCUUAAAAGAGCUAAAGAACAUAAAUAAUUUCCUUUUAGAGGUGAAGAGUUGUGUGAGUUGUAUAGUGACCUCCCAUAGCUAUGCUGAGAGAACAAGCUUUUUCAGUACUAAACUUUGAGUUGAGAAAGAAAACCCUUAACUUUUAAGGCCUUUUUUUUUUCCUUAUGCUGAUUUCUCCUCUAAAAAGUAUUUCUCACCCCACCAGAAGAGAUUAUAGGUUCUUUUGUUACACAGAAGAAGUUUUAAGGUUUUUAGCUCAAUUUAUUCAGGAGUGUAGAGCAUAAAUCAAGAUUUCAGGUAAAUCAGCAUGAAGAGUCUACAGUAUCUUAAAAGUUUGGAAAAGGUAUGGUCACACUCCAAAGCAGAAGGUUUAAACUUAGGCCUCUUGUUAUUUCAGCUACGCUGGAAUUGUGGAAUACUGCUUGUAGUACUACUUGUUUUGUUUUCUCCCACUUACAUUUAUUUAUAAUGUAUGAAUUGCAGUUACUUAGUUGAAAGACAGCAAUGUAUUUCUUUUUCCUUUUCUUUGGUUAAGGUUUAUAGUGAGGACUACUGCUUAGAGAUAACAUUUUUCUCCGUGUUGGCUGGUGUGCUUUUCACUGUUCUCCUAACAGCAACUGUAGAUUAUAUCGCACUCCUCUUGGUUAAUGUGAAAGAAAGAUGAUAUUCAUUGUGAAAUGAUUUUGCUCAUGAUGUAUCUUUAUCUGUAAUUCCAGGAUGUAUAUUACCUUCUUUCAAGUAAAGGUUAAGUGCUUUGCAUUAAAUC